AGCAUUGAAUGUCUAUAAGGUAUCGGAUAGUGGGAAAACUUUGCUAUGGAGCAGGUCAGAAAACAAGGGAAAUGUGUGGCUUAAAACUGAUAUUGUCUUACCACCCGGAGCAUACACUGUUGUUUUCGAGGGGGUUGUUGGACCUGGUGCACGUGGGGACAUUGCUGUUGACGAUAUUCUGAUUCUGCCUCAAGAUGAUUUCUUGUUGUCAUGUGGUUUCACAAAUGGAGUAUGUGGAUUUUCAAAUGACAAGACAGGGGACUUCACUUGGACACGUAUCAGCGGGGCAACACCCAGUGGAGAUACAGGACCAACAAAUGAUCAUACACUUGGAACUGAAGAUGGACACUACAUGUACAUUGAAGCUACUGAUCAGGAUGCAAAUGACACAGCUAGGCUGUCUCGUGUAGUGGUUCCUGUGCAACACUCGGACAGCAAUCUCCUUGUGCAAUUUUACUAUCACAUGUAUGGAAGCGAUGUGUAUAAGUUAUGUGUUUAUGCCAAAACUGAUUCGAAUAUGAAGCCAGUCUGGAAAAAAUUAUAUAACCAGGGAAACCAAUGGCACUUGGCUCAAUUUACCCUGCCGUCUGGGACGUUCACACUUGUGUUUGAAGGAGUUGUUGGGGGCAGCUUUAGGGGCGACAUUGCAUUUGAUGACGUAUUCAUUGUUCCCGGUGGAAGUAGUGACGUUUGUGUGAACAACCAAUGCGAUCCUGCAAAUUUCAUUUUACCGGAACUACCAGACACUCCACCCGCUAAUGACGUUCCUUCUGGAGGAAAUGACGCUACCAAUAACAAGACAAUAUUUAGAUGCACAUUCGAAAAGGGAAUUUGUGGAUUCCAAGAUGACCCAUCAGCCGAGUUCAGAUGGACAUUACAUGCUGGGGAAACAAAGACUACGUUCACAGGGCCCCCUGCUGAUCACACUUUGAAUUCGCUGACAGGUCACUAUUUGUACAUUGAGGUGUCUGAUCCUGUAAAAAAUGGUGACAAGGCGAGAAUUAUCAGUGAAGUGUUAGCUGUUGGAGGACCCAGACUACUUACGUUCUACUACCAUAUGUAUGGUAGAGAUGUUGGUACACUUAAUGUGUACAUACGAGCACCUGGACAGGAGCCACAGUUGUUAUGGUCUAGGACUGGUGAGCAAGAUCCCCUCGAACCACGAGGCUCUCGAUGGCUACAAGCGCAUACAAUGAUACCAAGUGGGAGUUACCAGCUUAUAUUUGAAGCAAAUAAGGCAGGAGGAUAUGCUGGGGACAUAGCUAUCGAUGAUAUCUAUUAACAGAUAUGAUGAUGCUUUUGCUGCAUGUGAUUUCGAGCUGGAUAUAUGUGAUUUUCAACAUGAUGAUUCAGCGCAGUUUAGAUGGACUCGACAUAAAGGCUCUACUCCUACUGGUGGAACUGGUCCUUCAGUUGAUCAUUCUUUGGCUACAGAAAUGGGACAUUACGUGUUUAUCGAAACGUCAGAUCCCCAGAAACAAGGCCAUUCAGCAAGACUGACAUCCAGGCCAUUGUCUGGGGACAACUCCUACCUCCUUAGUUUCUAUUAUCACAUGUUUGGGGCCAGCAUUGACCUACUUACUGUUUACCAGAAAAUGGGAUCGAGACUAAUGCCCAUAUGGUCAAAAUCAGGUAACCAUGGUGAUAAAUGGUUAAAUGCCGGAUUAGCUCUCCCUGCGAUGAGAGGAGUAUCAUACUCUGUGGUUUUCGAAGGCAGGCGUGGAUCUAACUACACAGGAGACAUUGCUCUUGAUGACAUCGUUAUCAUAGCGGAUGUGUUGAACGAUGAGGGAACUGAACAAACAACUCGAAGAACAACAACUAGUCGUCCAACAAUAAGUACGACGUUGAGAAGAACCACAACAGACAGACCAAUUACCACGGCUGUCACUACUGAACCCUUAGGUGGCGAUGCGUUACCAUCCUUCUUCUGUGACUUUGAUGAUGGGAUAUGUAAUAUGUCGAUUGAGACAAAUGUAGAAUAUGUUUGGCUGAGACAGAAAGGAAGAACUUCAACAGGGGAAACUGGUCCAAGUGGGGAUAGACAAGAUCCUACAAAUGGUCAUUACCUAUAUGCUGAGUCCUCAGACCCUGUGAGUCCAGGAGACAGGGCACGAGUAAGCACUCCAUUAUUAGAUAUAUUCGAGGGUGAUACUCUACAGUUCUAUUACAACAUGAAUGGGGUAGACAUAGGAACACUUAGUGUGGAUAUAAGGGAAAAUGGUAUUCAAACACGUCGUGUAUGGUCCCGAUCAGGUGGUGACCGAGGGGAUAAUUGGAUACGGGCCUUCGUCAGUUUGCCAGCUGGUCAAUACGAAAUAACGUUUGAAGCGGUCAGGGGUCAAGGUUACAGAGGUGAUAUUGCCAUUGAUGAUAUAGUAGUAUUCACACAAGGUGGCGCUGAUCCGGGCCCCCCUACUACACAGCCCUCUGGUAUUCUAACAUCAAUUGGGCCUUCAUUUGAUUCCAUCAUAUGUAGUUUUCAAUUUGGUAUAUGUAAUUUGAUUGACGAUCCCGACGCUGAUUUUGUGUGGACCAGGGGUAAAGGGUCAACACCUACUGGUGGAACUGGGCCAGAUGCAGAUCGAUUCGGAAAUAAGAAUGGAUAUUAUAUGUACACCGAGGCAUCGGAUCCCAGACAACAGGGAGACACAGCGAGACUAAUUACUCCAGA